AUGCCUCAAUCACUUACAGUUGAAGAAGCCAAUAGCUUCAUCCCAAUGACUCCAGAUGAAUCACAGGAAGAUCAGCUUGAAGCUAUUGCUGUGGUCGGUUUUGGACUCAAUUUCCCGCAAGAUGCUGAUACACCGGAGAAUUUCUGGAAGAUGUUGGUUGAUGGACGGUCUGCAAUGACGGAUGUGCCCAAAGAUCGUUGGAAUAUUGACUCCUUCUAUCACCCCAGUGCAGACAGACAUGAUUCUAUGAACGCUAGAGGCGGGCAUUUCCUCAAGGAGGAUAUUUCUCUGUUUGAUGCGCCUUUCUUCUCUAUGCCGCCUGCCGAGGCGGUAUGUAUGGAUCCCCAGCAAAGAAGUCUUCUUGAAUGCACAUACCACGCAUUGGAAAACGCUGGAAUGCCUAUGGCUUCUAUAAUUGGCUCACGCACGUCAUGUUAUGUGGGCUCAUUUUCACGAGAGUACGAAGCUAUGAUCAACAGAGACCCCCAAAUGCAAGCGAAGUACGUAGCUGUUGGAACAGGGACAGCCAUGCUGGCAAACCGAUUGAGCUGGUUCUACGAUUUGCGGGGUUCCAGCAUUUCUCUGGAUACCGCGUGCUCAAGCAGUCUAGUUGCACUGCAUUUGGCCGUCGAUAAUCUACGAUCGGGAGAAAGUAACAUGUCGAUUGUCGCCGGAUGCAACUUGAUGUUGAACCCCGACACAAAUUCGAUACCAUUGUCCAACCUAGGUUUUUUGGGAAGAGAUAGCGUCUGCUACAGUUUCGACCAUCGUGCCAACGGGUAUGCACGCGGAGAAGGGACAGCCGUGAUGGUGCUAAAGCCAAUUAAGCAAGCAUUGAAAGACAAUGACAUAAUCAGAGCUGUCAUUAGAAACACAGGGACCAACCAAGACGGCAGGACUCCUGGUAUCACGCAGCCCAGCAAAGAGGCUCAAGCAUCCCUGAUACAAGAAACCUACCAUCGAGCAGGGCUAGACUUCAAGGACACUGGAUUCUUCGAAGCGCAUGGAACCGGGACGCCAAUUGGAGACCCUAGAGAAGCCGGAGCGAUCGGGAUUGCCUUCAAAGACCAUGUAGACGAGCCCUUGGUAGUAGGAGCAGUAAAAUCCAACAUUGGUCACUUAGAAGGAGCAUCUGGUCUCGCCGGCCUAAUUAAAACGAUUCUUAUCUUGGAAAAAGGAGUGAUACCACGCAACAUAUGGUUUGAAAAGCUUAACCCCGAGAUCCUAGCUGAUGAAUGGAAACUUAAGUUUCCAACAGACACAAUGGCCUGGCCCAAGGAAGGACUUCGUCGAGCAUCCGUAAACUCGUUCGGCUACGGAGGUGCGAAUGCUCAUGUGAUUGUUGAUGAUGCAUAUCAUUACCUGAAAUCUCGUAAGCUCGCUGGCAAGCACCAGACGGUCUCUUCGCCUCCAAAGGUCAUACAUACAAAUGGCAUGAGCAACGGUACGACUAAUGGCAGAACUUACGGCACGACAAACGGCACAAAUAAUGGCACAGAAAUCCAGACAACGGAUCCUGAGAAAUAUAGAUUAUUUGUCUGGUCAGCAUCCGAUGAAGGUGGUCUGCGUCGACUCUCCACAAGCUACCAGAAGUAUUUCCAAACUUUACAUAGUGAAAAGGCCGAUUUUCUUGAUAACUUAGCGUAUACACUCUCAAGAAGACGAAGCAACUUGCCAUGGAAGUCUUUCCUAGUUGCGAUUUCUAUCGAAAACAUUCACCAUGAACUGUCUGCUGGAAGCUUGUCCAAACCAGUUCGUUCAUCCGCCUCACUUCAGCCAAAUCUAGUCUUUGUGUUUACUGGACAAGGAGCACAGUGGUAUGCUAUGGGAAGAGAGUUAAUGAUUUACCCCACGUUCCAAAAAGUUCUGAGCCAUGCUGAGAAAUAUUUAACCACUUCCUUGGGCUGUGCAUGGAAACUUACUGAGGAGCUCAAGCGAAGUAAAGACUCAUCCAACGUCGACAAUCCCGCCCUGGCACAGCCACUUUGCACAGUCAUUCAGAUAGCUCUAGUUGAACUCCUAGAAGAGUGGAACAUCUCCCCACAUGCAGUUGUGGGGCACUCAUCUGGAGAAAUUGCCGCGGCUUAUUGUGCCGGAGGGAUAUCGAAAGAAUCGGCGUACAAGAUCGCGUAUCAUCGGGGCGCUCUGGCAAAUAGACUGGCUCAAAAGAAGCGACGCAAUGGCGCCAUGAUAGCUGUUGCUUUAUCGGAGGCAGAAAUUGUAUCAUACCUAGACCAAGUGGCUGCUCAACUAGGGCCCAAGCGAUUGGUUGUUGGCUGUGUCAACAGUCCCAAGAACAUCACACUCACAGGCGAUGAGGAGUGCGUAGAUCUCAUGAAGUCUCUCAUGAACACGCAACGGAUUUUCGCACGCAAAUUGCAGGUUCCUGUCGCAUACCAUUCUUCACAUAUGCAGGAAAUUGCCUCCGAAUACUUAAAAUGUAUUCGAGGAAUUGUUCCCCGAGAGGUAUCGCUAACUACGAAAGCAUUCCCAACCAUGUUUUCCUCAGUUACUGGAGCACUCGCUACAUCAGAUCGACUUUCCCAACCAGAUUAUUGGGUAGAGAACAUGGUAUCGCAAGUCAAAUUCGCCCCUGCGCUUAGUGAGCUUUGUGCGACGUUGUUGCGAGUGCAGCCCGAGCAGACAGAAAUUGCUCCUCUGUGCCUAGUAGAGGUUGGGCCUCAUGCAGCACUCCAAAGGGCUGUGAAUGAAACAAUUCUCGCAGAUGACACUCUGAGCGAGGCAUCAUACGAUACAACUCUUAGGAAUGGCGUAAAUGCCAUCAGAUCGAUGAUGGACCUGGUGGGAAAGCUACAUUGUCGUGGCUACAAGAGCGAUAUCCUUGCACUAAAUUGCCCUCAGCGAGUAGAGGCCGAUCUCAAGCCUCUGUGCGACCUUCCAGAGUACCCAUUCAAUCAUUCACAGGGAUACUGGCUGGAAAGUAGAAUUAGCGAAAACUACCGCUUUAGCGAGUUCCCACGGCACGAGCUUCUGGGUGUUCGGACGACAGACUGGAAUCCACUAGAAGCAAAGUGGAGAAAUAUGAUUAGAGUCUCGGAGCUUCCUUGGAUCAAAGACCACAAAUUCAACGGCUCGGAACUGUAUCCAGCAGCUGGUAUGCUCGUGAUGGCAAUUGAAGCCUCACGACAAACGGCUAGACCAAACUCAAAAAUUGCCAGCUACAAUAUUGAGAAUGUGUCAUUUUUCAAAGCCUUGCUAGUAAGUCUUGAUGCUGAAGGUGUUGAGACUCAAUUCCAUCUUCGCCCUGCAAAGGACAACACAAAUUCAUCGGAUCGUAAGCAUUUCAACCUCUAUCUGUGUUCAUCGGGACAGUGGGCAGAGAUAUGUUGUGGUACCAUUGUGACGGAGUAUGAAGAAGUAAAUGAUGCAGAAAUACUAGGCCCGAGAAACGACGACCAUCUUCAUUCGAUUUGGAAAAAUGGAGUUGCUCGCUGCACACGUCUUCUUGAUUCGAAAGAUCUUUAUGAAAAUCUCGCAUCCUUUGGCUUUGGUUUCGGGCCCACUUUCCAAGCACUCAAGCAGGUGCGUUGGAAUAACGAAUGCGAAGCAACCGCUUGUCUGGAACCGCGGGAAUGGAUGAAAAAGGUAAAAGACAGCCACAUUACUCUCGACCACGUGAUACAUCCCACAGCUCUCGAUGCCGUCAUGCAUCUCACAGCAGCAGCUGAGUCCAAAGGAACAUCCAAUCCCUUACGGACAAUGGUGCCGACGAAAAUUGAGAAGCUGUGGAUCUCCAACGAUUUGUUACUUCACGCCGAAAACCAGACUAUUCAGAUUUUCACUCAUCCAACCUUCCAGGGCUAUCGAGAUACGGAGUUUAGCGUUGUGGCGUUUGACAAUCUUGCACAUGAAUGUCAAAUAGUUCUCGAGGGGUACCGAGCGACAGCAAUCACGAGUUUGGAGCCAUCUAGUGCAGGUGAUGCUCGUCUAGCUUUCGAUAUUGACUGGAAGCCCGCUGUGGAUUUGCUCACAGAUGAAGAGUGCUCCACUGUUUGUUGUGCAACGGUCAAUAAAGAUGACUUCCAUGACCCCAUAUUUAUAGAUAAAGCAGAAUUACUUUGUACUUUCUACAUCUAUCAUGCACUGGAGGAAUUAAACCGAAGAGCGUAUUCUGGCGAAAGCCAUCAUACUUCCAAGUACAUCGAAUGGAUGAGAAAGCAAGUUGAUGAUUAUACAUCCGCAAAUCCGAUCCCUAAUCCAGAAGAAAACAAGCCAUCCUUGAGUGAUGAAGAAUAUUUUCAGAUGCUUUCAUCAGAGCUUGAAAGUGGCGCGGAGGUGGAUUUAAUUAACGAAGUAGGCAAGAAUCUGGCAAGGAUACUCAUCGGUGAUGUCGAUGCACUAGGUAUUCUCUUCAACGAUGACCUUGCCAAAGGGUUCUAUGGAGGCUUGACAUUCGUCCCCAGCAAUAAAAAGGCAUCAACCUACAUUGAUCUUUUGGCCCACAAAGAUCCAACGUUGAAAAUCCUCGAAAUUGGUGCAGGUACUGGAGGAAGCACUGCUUCAAUCCUGGACAAAUUGGGAAAACACGGGAACGACGAAAAAGGUGAGCCUAGACUGGGUAAAUACACGUACACUGAUAUAUCCCCGGGAUUCUUCGAAGCUGCCUCGCAACGCUUCAGCGACUUUGUUGAUGUUAUGGAGUUUAAGGUCCUUGAUAUUGAAAAGGAUCCAAUUGAACAAGGACUUAAUGUUGGCGAAUAUGAUGUUGUGGUUGCCUCUGCUGUCCUGCACGCCACGGCUAAUCUCGAGAAUACUCUUGGUAAUGUGCAUAAAAUGUUAAAGCCUAAUGGUACAUUGCUCAUCAUUGAACCGUGCAAUUUGGAAGCCUUGCGAAUUCCGUUCAUAUUCGGGCUACUCCCAGGUUGGUGGUUGAGUACCGAAGAACAUCGAUUUUGGGGCCCAUUAAUGUCAGACGACACCUGGAGCAGCGAACUGAAGAAUGCCGGUUUCACUGGGGCCGACAUAUGUCUUCGAGACUUCGAAGAUCAUAGACACACCAUGAGCGUCAUUAUAUCAAAACCCGCUGGCGAUAAAAUUUCCAACAUCUUACCACCAAUACCGAAGACAGUCAUCGUUGUUGCGGAAAGAUACAAAAAAGAAACGCCACUUGUCGCAUACUUGAGAUCUGCAUUAAUCUUCCAUGGCAUAUCAACAGAUGUGAUUGGUUGCAACGAGAUUACUUCCGCGGAUCUCAAAGACUCGGUUUGCAUCUCCCUCCUUGAGAUUGACAAUCCGUUCCUGUGCAACAUAACAGAUGACGAAUGGGAGCGGCUUAAGACGAUUGUCAGAUCCGCUAAUGGUGUAUUAUGGUUGACUCGCGGAGCAGAAAAUGACCCAGCACUAGGAAUGAUAACUGGAUUGGCCAGAGGCCUUCGCUCUGAAUACCCUCAUCUUAAUUUCGUUGAAGUUGCCCUCGAAGAAAACUGCACAACUGAAACAAUUGUCAAGCACUCACUGAAUGUCCUCAGAAAAUCCAUCAACUCUGAUCCAAUCGAACGUAACGAGAAUGAAUAUUGGGAGAAGGAUAGAAUCCUCUAUGUUAACCGUGUAGUUGAAGCUAAUUACCUCAACACCCACUUGACCGCAAGGACUGCAACGCAAAAACCACAACAGCGAGUGUUAGGAUCCAAGCCAGAUACCCAAAUAUCACUCGCAAUACACAAUCCAGGAUUAUUGAACACACUACGAUUUGAGGAGGGGGAGGUGGGAAGGAAGGAGCUAUCACCAGAUCAGAUUGAGGUACAUGUCAAAGCCGCGGGAUUGACCUUCAAAGAUGUACAGAUCGCCUUAGGGCAAAUACCCGGCAACUACCUGGGUCUAGAAUUUUCCGGCAUUGUUGUGCGAGUUGGGUCUGAUGUUCCAGAAGAGACUUUGAAGAGUGGAGAUCGUAUAUGUGGUGUCGCUGCUGGUGCCUUCUCAACAAAGCUUCACGUGCCCAUUUCGCAAGUAUUCAAGAUCCCGGAUAGCAUUUCUUUUACCACUGCUGCGGCCAUACCGGUGAGCUUUUGCAUUGCUCGGCAUAGUCUAGUCAACCUAGCAAAGUUGAAGAAGGGGGAAUCUAUUCUUAUACACUCCGCAGCUGGAGGUGUUGGUCAAGCGGCAAUCCAAUUGGCAAGAACGGCCGAAGCAGUUAUAUAUUGCACCGUUGGUAGCCAGGAGAAAAAGGAACUUCUCUGCACUAAAGGCCUGAUCAGUGCAGCGAGCCCUCUCAAAAUUUACGGGUCUUCAGAAGUAGAGAAUGCUUUCCGUUUCUUGCAAAGUGGCAAGAGUACCGGCAAGACGGUCGUAGAGAUGCGCAGCGAUGACAUUAUAACAGCAGUGCCAUCUUCUCAGCCAACGUACAGCUUCCGUGAAGAUUCUAGCUACGUCAUCAUUGGCGGACUGGGCGGACUGGGCAAGAGUACGGCUACCUGGAUGGCUGAUCGAGGUGCAAAGCAUCUCAUUCUCCUCGGCCGCUCAGGUGCGACGAGUCAAGCUGCAUUGGAAUUCGUCGCGGAGAUGGAACUCAAGGGUAUUGCCAUCGCGGCACCACCAUGCGAUGUAACUGAUGAAGUUGCAUUAUUAGCUGUCCUCGACAUGUGCUCAAAGACAAUGCCACCCAUAAAGGGCUGUAUUCAAGGGUCAAUGGUCCUAAGGGAUGGCCUCUUCGAAAGUAUGUCUUAUGAAAACUACCAAGACUCUGUUCGACCGAAAGUCCAGGGCUCCUGGAACCUGCAUAAACAUCUUCCCGACUCACUAGAUUUUUUCAUCCUUCUCGCGUCUGCUGGAGGUAUUGUUGGUACCCGUGGACAGUCAAACUACGCCAGCGGGAACACAUAUCAAGAUGCACUUGCGCGCUACCGAGUCUCCCGCGGCCUCAAAUGCGUUUCGCUAGACCUUGGUCUUAUUCAAGGUGUAGGAUUUGCGGCUGAGAAUCGGGAUACGCUCCUCGCUAUCAAGAAGCUAGGUUACCGCGGUAUUCAUGAAAAAGAAUAUCUCGCUAUACUAGAUUAUCUAUGUGAUCCCAGUCUGCCCAUGAUGGAGGAUCCGCUGAAGUCACAGAUAAUUACAGGGCUGGAAAUACCGAAGGUUCUGUUGGACACUGCAGAAGAGGCUCAUGAUGCAGAAGACUGGGCUCGCUGGGUUAGAAGACCAUUGUUCCGUAACCUCGCUGCCAUGGAAGGUCUUGAUGCAUCCAAAUCUGACACAGGAAGCGUAUCCGAGAGCAAAAAAAGACUGUCAGAGGUAGACUACAAAGCUGCAUUUGCAGCUGCAGGUACGAGUGCUGCCGCAGCGGCUCGGGUUGCAUCAUCUGGGCUCAGGGAAAAGCUAGCCCGAACUCUGCGCAUACCGGAAGAAGAUAUUGAAACACAAAGGUCAAUCCACACUUAUGGUGUCGAUUCUCUCGUCGCAGUUGACCUUAGAUAUUGGUUGGCGAAGGAGAUGAAAGCUGACCUCAGUAUAUUUGAAAUAAUGGGGGAUGACAGUUUGGGAAAACUCAGUUGGCUAAUCGCGAAAAGAACUACUUUGUUUGCAGGGGAAAUUAGUGAUGCGCAGAAAGAUCAACCGGCAUAA